UGGCUUAGGCUAGCUGUCACUGCCUCUCUCGCCUUCUUCAUCCUCUUUCGCUGAUCUCUCUCUCUUCUCCCAAGUGUUUACGUUAAAAUAGGUUUCGAUUUCAUUAUAGUUGGACAAUAAUUCUAAAUCAAACCAAACCAAACAGGUUUCUGGGACUCUCUCUCUAUUGUUCGGACUAGGAAUAACUUCAUCUUAGUUUGUUCUGCUGUUCAUCCUAAGAGAUGGGGAAAGCGAAGAAAGGUCCCAAAUUUGCUGCCAUGAAAAAAAUGGUCACCAAAAAAUCUAUCAAAAAUUACAAACAACAAGUUUUGGACCCAAAAAAGAACGAUAACAACGAAAAGAAGCUCCCAAGAAAUGUGCCGAAGGUUUCAUCGGCACUUUUCUUCAAUUACAACACCUCGUUGGGACCGCCAUAUCAGGUUUUGGUAGAUACCAACUUCAUCAAUUUCUCUAUCCAGAAUAAACUGGACUUGGAGAAGGGAAUGAUGGACUGCCUAUAUGCUAAAUGCACUCCUUGUAUCACGCAAUGUGUGAUGGCAGAGCUUGAGAAGCUAGGUCAGAAAUAUCGAGUUGCUUUGAGGAUUGCUAAGGAUCCUCGUUUUGAAAGACUAAUUUGCACUCAUAAAGGGACCUAUGCUGAUGACUGUAUUGUUGAUAGAGUUACAGAGCAUAAAUGCUACAUUGUUGCUACAUGUGAUCGAGAUUUGAAGCGAAGGAUCCGAAAGGUUCCUGGUGUACCAAUUAUGUAUAUUACUCGGCACAAGUACUCAAUUGAACGGUUGCCUGAAGCAACAGUCGGCGGAGCUCCAAGGUAUUGAUGAUGGAAGUAAGAUGUUCAACAACGGGAAGGCUUAGAUUCUGUUUUGAUUAAUCAGGUUGAGUACUGAUCUUUGUUUGAACUUCCUUCUGUCCUGAGUGAAAGAAAAGGAGAAAGAAGUUUUGUGUAGGUUAUAUAAUAUUGGAUUCUCACUUGUUAAAUUAAAUUAAAGUUUUGUCUUGAUUUAUCUUGACUUCUAUAAUUAAAGAACCCAUAUAUGUAUCUCCUACUUGUUAACUACUGCAGUUUGUCCCAACA